AUGGUUGAUUAUUAUUCCACCUAUCUCGCUACAGCAUUACCCAACGCAACCUUACAUAACAAGCUUUUAGCUACUUUACCCCGACAGACGCUACAAUCCGCUGAACGUUUAUUGUCCUCUAAUAAUAAAAGACCCCAUCAGACGCCGGAUCCACUACCUAAACAGAAUCGUCAUGAUCAGCACUAUUACAACACCUUUCAGUUAGACCCGACACAUUCAUCCCCGACAGCAUUGGAUACCACUUGUGAGGGAACCAAUGAAAGGCCGCUUAGUUGCAGUAAUUGCGAUACAACGACAACACCACUAUGGAGACGAUCUACGAACGACAAAGUUUUGUGUAAUGCUUGUGGGUUAUAUCUGAAAUUACAUAAUACACCCAGGCCUAAAUACCUAAAGCCAUCCGGUGGCAAAGGCAAGGAUUCUCGUUUACUGGGGAAUGAAAUGGAUGCGGAUGAUACAAAGUCAGGACAGACAGUGUGUUCAAAUUGUAGUACGAGCAAGACACCGUUGUGGCGUCGAGAUUUAGAAGGUGCACCUUUAUGCAAUGCUUGCGGUUUAUAUUUAAAGUUGCAUCAUGAAAAUAGGCCCCUAUCGAUGAAGACCAAUGUGAUCAAGAAACGUCAGAGAGCAGAAACGUUGGUGGAUCCAACGAUCAAAAAGCCACGUUAUUACGACCAAUUAUCACAACAAGGUUCAACACUAGGGUAUCGAAAUGCAAAUCUACCCGGUACAGGCAUUCUCAUGAUGACAAGUCCAAAUCCUCCUACCUGA